AUCACACCAACACAAAUCGCAUGGUAAUCAUUCUACUUACUUUUACUUGCAAUAUAGUGAUGCAAAGUAUAGCGAUGUACGACAUUCCGAAUCCCGGUAGUCUGUCAGAAGUCAAUGAACAAAUCCAUGGAUCAUACCUGAAGCACAACUCAACAAUCAGUGGUCCAUCCCAAGAAAAGUCAGACAAUCCAAGGAAUGUUACUGUUCCUACCAAUCAAGAUUACCAGUCCAUCCUCCAAGGGGGGUAUCAGCCCCAUCUUGGUGAAAAGCGGGUAUCAGAUUUAACCGACAAGCAAUUCAAUUCGGUCUUUUGUGGUGGUGAUUCCGGAGAGGCUCAGAGAAAAGAAUUGGAAAAGAUUACUGAUACAUUACAUCGCCUGAGGGAAGCGAGAGACAACCCACAGGUCCUCGAGGCCCACCAAGCACUCAAAUUAUACCUUUGGAAAGAAAUUCAGCAAGCCGAAAAUCUUCUGGAAAAUAUGAGGGCUUGGCUCAUUGGAAUUUUUGAUCAAAAAGACCUGGAACCUGAUCAGUUCAAAUUGGCUAAAGAGUUAAAGAAAGGACUCAGGAGAGAGGAAGAGCAGCUCUGGGAAAACAUUUGGAAAUCAGAAGAGGAAGAUUACAGAUUCAAGAGAGAAACUCAAGGUUUCUUCGGUUAUUUCUACUCCUUGUGGAAGUUCUUCUUUGCUAACCAGCAUUGGGAAAGCCAACAACUACGACAAUCACUGCGAAAGAUCCUGAGUCAGCUCCCACAUAGGGUGCUGAUGGAGGAGGAGAGGAUCAUAAUGCAACUGGAAAAAGUGCAAAAGGCGGGCUUUCAGAUAACCUGGCAGGAACAGCAAUUGGCAAGAAAGAUUUCUGAGAUGUCUCAGAAGCUGAGUCCUGCUAAUUCCGACAUCAACUAUUUCAUUCCACUUGACCUUGAUGAGGGAACAUUACUGGAAACAAUUGGCCAUCGUACCGUAGCAGUUAGAAGACAAGAGCAGGUACAUGGACUUGAAGAAAAAUUGAGAAAAACUCUCAAGACAGAUCAAUUGCAUGGAAUCAAUCCAGAUGAUCAAAAAUUCAUCCUGAAUGAACUACAAGAAUUGAUCAAGAAAGAGAAAGAUGGUUUGGGAUGGACAGACGAUGACGUGGAAUGGAUGAAAUCCUUGGAGAACGAAAGCAAACAAUUAGAAAAGAAGAAAAUUAGUAAACUUCACCAACUUGUGGCCGCUCUAAAAAUCCAAAAAUUGCACAACAAGAAAAGUCGACUGAGCCAACUCGCAACAGAUCUACAAAUACGGAAAGCUUUUAACGUCUUGGAAGCCAAUGCACAUCAUCCCAUGACGCCAGAAAAACUUGCGCUCCAUCUGAAACUUGGCCAGAAGAUUACCAACUUAUAUGUAAACUCCACCUCAGAAAGGUUACCUCAUCAGGAACUGACAGCAUCCGAAAUCAAAGAGAUCAAGCAAUUAGCAAGGCACUAUGACCGGAUGAAAGAGCAACUCAAGUUUCCCUUACACCCUGAUCUAAAGGAGGUCACAAGAAAACAACUUGAAAAUGAGCUGCUUUCACCUGAAAAAGCUGCAAUGCAUCGACUGAACCAAAUGAAAUACACCGAGGGAAUAGAUUCCAAUCAGCAUCAACUAUUAGACAAGCUAGAGCAUGGAAUCAAACACUUGGAAAUCGGCCCAGAGGAGCUUCGAUGGGCUGAAAAUCAUAGGAAGAGACGCUUAGCAAUCUCUCAAUCUGAUAAAGCUAAAGAAGUCGAGCAAAUACUGAAAGGUACACCAGAGUACCACUACAUCUCAGGGCCCCAUGGUCGAGAUAUAAAAGUUGAGCUCUACAACAAGGCAAUCUAUUUCACUCCCCUGUGGGAGUUCCGGGUCCAUCACAAACCGACGGAUCUGAUCAAGGGGAUGUUAAUUCCUCCGGAGUCCAAGCUACCUGCCUUUCAGCAUUUGCAAGCAAGAUUCCUUACAUUUGCUGAGCGGUGUAAGGUCUUGAUACAUUCCCACGAAUUCCAAGCUGCUUUGAAAACUCCCGCUGAGAGCUUGGAGGGACUGGCACUUGAAAGACUACACCACUUGAUUCAUGAGACCCAUGCCGGGCUCAAUCCAUUUGAAGCAAAGAUCCAUCACAGUCUGUCUUCAAAUAAGUAUGAAGAUAUCUCGACUACUGAAGCAAAGGAUACCAUUAAGAAACUAGCAGUUGAACAGAAAUUGAUCAAAACUUUUAGACCAUCAAAAGAAGACAAAGAAUUAGCAAAUAAAUUGGCCAAAAACAUCAAACUAGCUGAGCUGAAUCAAGCUGAUCUGGAGAAACUAAAGCACCUUCUUCCAGAUGAACUCAAUCAAUUAGGAGGCUUAAUUUCAACCAAUCAAUUUGGCCAUUUAAGUUAUGAAAAAUUCAAGAAAUCGAGCCAGUUUUUCAAGAUUGUGCAAUUGCUUCAAAACUCAUCUGAUAGAAUCAAGUUUAAACAAAACAUCUCAAUCAAUAAUGACAGUCCAAUGAAUCUCUUCUCGAGGGAGGCAAAGCUUCAAGACCUUCACAACUCAAAAUUCUUGUCCCAAAUUUCCAAAAUCAAGAAUGUUUAUCAUACCCAUUUCCAGGAUAAGAAAUUCAACUUAAUCUUGAAACCUAAUCUGAAUGAUAAACCCAUCUUGUCUCUUAACAAAUCCCAGAAAUUACCAACUUAA